AUGUCGAUCUUCUAUGACGCCCCUGGCGUGCACAUGCCCAUCAUAUCUUAUCUCUCACUACUACUCUUUCUCAUGUUUGGUAUCUUCAACUCCUUUGUCGGGUCCAUUUACCCCGUUAUCGCCUCCUACAAAGCCUACGAUGACUACGCCCGUGUGGCGUCUCUGUCAGCUGCUUCGUCGGUUCAGAUAGGUAGCGUGUCUAUUCCUUUUGGAACCAUGCUUAAACGUGCCACUGCUGCCGAAGGCUCUGUUGAAGAAGACUACUUGAAUUCCCGUUUGCUUACGGUCCAGAUGUGGUUGAUCUACUGGAUUGUCCAUGUGAGCAUUGGCAUUGCCGAGCUGAUGCUCUUUUUGACCUGGUUGCCCUUGUACUCUCUGUUCAGGCUCCUCGUGUCUGCCUGGCUCAUUUCCCCCAUUGUCUUGAGCUCCUUGCGUCUUAACAGAACCAAGGCAUUGACACCCCAGGAGGUGCAGCAGGAGUGGGCUGGCUUCUCAACCCAGGGCUGUGGCUUGGUCUACUUCCAAUACCUCAAGCCGCUUUUUGACGAGCAGCUCAAGGCUCUCAUCAACUUCAACUUUGAGCCGCUUUUGAACCAGCUCGCCAGAUUCUCCGGCGCGUCUACCAUAUUCUCGUACGCGGGCACCUUUCUUUUGAAGAACCAGUUUAAGAACUUCGCAGGCCAGGAUGACGGUUCCAGAGACGUCAAUUCCAGAGACGUCAAUUCCAGAGACGUCAAUGCCCCUGCUGACUCCUCUGCUCCCGCUCCAAACCCUAACUCCCCACCUCCUCAAGAAAACGCCUUUGCCGCCGCUGCUCAGAGUGCUGGUUUUGGUGCCGCUGCAGGCCACAUCCAGAACUUCUCCAACCUCGCCAAAAACUUCCAGUCCCGUGGCGAACCUGCCAGGGAAGAUUUAGCCGAUUACGACAUGGUCAACACGCCAUCUCCGUCGCCCGAGGGCCAGGAGGGUGUCAAGCAGAGAAACGUCUCUGGUGGCAAGGAGAAGAAGCUGUGGUGGUAA